UCGUGGUUGCGGGCGGCCUCUGCCUGCAAAGCAGAAUUGCUCCCCGCGGGCCGGCAAGGCCGAGCUCUGUCCUUCACGUGGAGCGCAGGACCGCGCGCAUCGAGGAUGUGCCCUGCCCGGACCUUGAACUCAGUCCUGGCUCAACUUCGAGUAUCCAGGACGAGUCUGUCUUUCCUGCCCAGCAGGACACUGGAAUUUCAGGGUGGGGACAGGGAAAUGGAACAAAGAGAAGUUGGAUGAGUGAAGGCAGGCCACCUCCUGCUACUUUGUUGUCAGGACUGGAUCAGAAGCCCUUAUGGUUGACAUCACACCAUGACACCCACACCAGAAGGAAGAAACAAUGUUCUGUGGCCAGAUGUGCCCAGGGGCCCCCUUAGCACCUACCGAGCAAGAGCCUCCUUCAGCUACAGGGAGCUGCUGCUCUUCUGGGAAGGCGAGGACGUGCUCCGCUUCAAGAAAACCAUCUUCUCAGCUUUGGAGAAUGACCCCCUCUUCGCCCGUUCACAUGGGGCCGAUCUGUCUCUGGAGAAGUACCGGGAACUGAACUUCCUCCGCUGCAAGCGGGUCUUUGAGUACGGCUUUUUCACUAUGGAGGACCUGUGGGAGAACCCCCUGAGGGUCCCAGCAUUGAUUAACUGCCUGGGCAUGUACGACUGGUCCCUGGCCAACAAAUGCGUCCUCCAUGUGCUGGUUUUUGGAUCAACAGUCUUCAACUCUGGGUCUGAGCGGCAUCUCGCAUACAUUGAGAAGAUAUAUAGCAUGGAGAUUUUUGGCUGUUUUGCUCUGACUGAACUGAGUCAUGGGAGUAACACCAAGGCUAUACGAACAACAGCUCACUACGAUCCUGCUACUGAGGAGUUUGUCAUACAUUCCCCGGAUUUUGAGGCUGCCAAAUUUUGGGUUGGCAACAUGGGCAAGACGGCAACGCAUGCGGUGGUGUUUGCCCAGCUGCACAUGCCGGGUGGUCAGUGCCACGGGCUGCAUUCCUUCCUGGUGCAGAUUCGGGACCCAAAGACCCUGCUUCCUAUGCCGGGGGUGAUAGUCGGUGACAUGGGGAAGAAACUGGGGCAGAAUGGCCUGGACAAUGGAUUCGCCAUGUUCCAUAAGGUUAGAAUUCCUCGCCAGAACCUCCUGAACCGAACUGGAGACGUCACCCCUGAGGGUGCUUACAUCACCCCCUUUAAGGACGUCCGGCAGCGCUUUGGAGCAUCCUUGGGCAGCCUGUCCUCAGGGCGCAUCUCCAUCAUCGGCAUGUCUGUGGCCAACCUGCAGUUGGCGGUGUCCAUAGCAGUCCGGUUCUCGGCCACACGGUGUCAGUUUGGACCCACAGAUGAGAAAGAGAUCCCCGUCCUUGAAUAUCCGCUGCAGCAAUGGCGCCUACUGCCGUACCUGGCGGCUGCCUAUGCCUUGGACCACUUCUCCAAGUCGCUUUUCCUGGACCUGAUGGGGCUGCAGCAUGGCCUGCUGCAGGGAGACCAUAGUGCCAGGCAGGCAGAGCUUGGACGUGAGAUCCAUGCGCUGGCAUCCGCUGGCAAGCCUCUGGCCUCCUGGACGGCCCAGCAGGGAAUCCAGGAGAGCCGCGAGGCGUGCGGGGGACAUGGCUAUCUGGCUAUGAAUCGGCUGGGUGACCUCAGAAACGACAACGAUCCAAACUGCACCUACGAAGGCGACAACAAUGUGCUGCUGCAACAGACCAGCAACUACCUGCUCAGCUUCCUGGAGCGCCAGCCCCAAGAUGGCGUUCGCUUCACAAGCCCUCUGAAGACGGUGGACUUUCUGGAGGCCUAUCCUGAAAUCUUGAGCCAGAAGUUCAUGGGAUCUAGUGCUGCUGACUGGUUGGACUCAGCAGCCCCCCUGGUGGCGUACCGCUGGCUGGUUUGCUACUUGCUACAAGAGAGUCAUCAGAGAUUCUGUCAAGAGAAAAGAUCCAGAGGCAGCGACUUUGAAGCAAGGAACAACAGUCAGGUGUACUGCUGCCGGUCCCUGUCCUUGGCCUUCAUGGAGCUCACCGUGGUGCAGAGGUUCCACAAGCACACACAUGGCUGCAGUGUGCCUCCGUCUCUGCAGGCUGUGCUCGGGCGGCUCAGCGCGCUCUACGCCCUAUGGUCCCUCAGCCGGCACUCAGCCCUGCUCUACCGGGGUGGCUACAUUUCUGGUGCCCAAGCAGGAAGAGCGAUGGAGGACGCCAUCCUGGCCCUGUGUGUACAGCUGAAAGACGAUGCAGUGGCCCUGGUGGACGUGAUCGCCCCUCCCGACUUUAUCCUGGGCUCCCCAAUUGGCAGAGCUGAUGGCGAGCUCUAUAAAAACCUAUGGAAUGCUAUCCUGCAGCAGAGGGGUGUGCUGGAGCGUGCAGCUUGGUGGCCUGAAUUCACCACCAGCAAGCCUGAGGCAAACAGGCUGAAGUCUCAGCUGUAGAUGCAGUGGGAACAGAUGGCCACAGCCUGAACCACUGACCCAGAGACCCGGAUCCAGAGCUCUAGCUCCAGGAGACGGAAGCACUGCACUGCAGAGCACGCACACCACGCCUUGUCCCUGGUCGUCUGGUCACACCCAUGUUGAGAUGGGCAAGGAUUCCAUCUCGGGGUCAGUCUGGGUCAUUGUGACCUGCUGUGUGGAAAGGGAAUUUGCAGACUGUCUUUCUGAGUCUCGGACUUUUAAGAAUUAGGAUUUUACCCAUUCUCUCUUUGGGCAUAGAUGGGAUAGUAAAGCCAGGGCUCAUGAUGAAAGUUUCUGCUCAAGUGAGAGCUUCAUGGGAGAUUUUUACAAAGCUCUGCUUCCCUAAGGAGUUACGCCAAUCUGGUUCUUCAAUUCACUGUGACCCGGUCACACCAAGGAUUGUAUUAUUUGACUUACUACUUACCAUUUUGCACCACAGACCGUCAGAAUGACAUUGUUUGAAGAUUUUUAUGGGAAAAUAUUUUAUUUUCUUUGGUGGCACUGGAAGUUUCCACUGAGGAAAUUCUUCCACAGAGGAGGUGUGGCUUGUGGGGAUGGUGAUGGGGACAUCUGGCUGCUCGCCACCAGCCUCCCCACUGUGUCAGUGCCUGGUUGGCAGUGAGUUUGGUACUUAUAUUCCUAAAGCAGGCAAAAUGCCCAGUGCCACCUGUGCCUACUGAUCAUCCCCUCAGCGGACUCCCAUAUGACAUGACCAUGCCACGCUAGCUACAACCACCCCUUGUGCUCCUGAAGGGUGAGGGGCCCAUGGUGCCAAGCCUUCUUGCUGUCAGAACAGGAGGAAGGAUGUCUGAUGGGCUGGUUCUGAGCUGCGGUGCCUGCAGAGCCUGAGGAUGUCACUCCUCAGCAUGUCUCAGGGAGCCCUGUCCAGGGGUAUGGGUGGACUGGGGCCUGCCAGCUGGGGUUCCUCAGAUUUCCACCAAAUGUCCCUGUGGAAAUGGUGUGCUGUGAGUCUAUGGAUGAGCUUCCUCACCCGGGUCUGUGGCUUUUCCCAACAGUGAGGGACGAGGCCUUGGGGCCUCCUGCCAGCUCUCACUGUAUGUGCCUUCCUGUCCUACCACACAUACAGCUUGCUUCAGCCCAUCUAGUCAAGUGACGACCCUUUUGUGUUUUACUUUUUUUUUUUUUUUUGUUUUUUUGAGACAGGGUCUCCCUGUAGCCCCAGCUGUCCUGGAACUCACUUUGUAGACCAGGCUGGCCUUGAACUCACAGAGAUCCAGCUGCCUCUGCCUCCCAAGUGCUGGGAUUAAAGGCGUGCACCACACGCCCUGCUUGUGUUUUACAUUUUUUAUCAGGCGGGACCUUGGUUUACCACUCAGUCUGUGGUUGGAAACUGACCAGAAGUUCCUAGAAGUCCUAGGUCAGGAGCGUGCAAGCUCUGGAUAGACAAGCCCGUGUGCCCAUCGGGUCAGGUAGUCUGGGCUCUGACUGGAGAGCUCUGACUGGUGGCAGCAGUGCUGCUGUGUGUGCCAUGUACAUCGUCCUACCCCGGUCUAGAAUGUCCUCCUCCCUAGGACAGGCUAGCUCCGGGACAAGCAGAAUUUGAUAGAUGCCCGUGGUAUCUUGCAGGCAUCACAGGUACUGUCAGUGACCUGCAGAGGAUGCCUGGCUAUGUGCCAUGCAUCCUCAGUCCCUGAGCUCACACACGCACCGCACUCUUCAGUCAGGGUGAGGCUGACUGGUGGCCAGUGGAGCAGGCCUAGGUGCAGAGUCCUCAUCAAGACAACUUUUUAAGUAAAGUAAAAAUGAAACAUUUGUAAACAGCAAAAACCUGAAAAGUUGCAAUAAAGUGUUUAAGUCUUAUCUCUGCU